UUUUUUUUUUUUUCUUUUUUUUUUUUUUUGAGCUUUUUUUGUCUCAACCAUGCUCAUCGCCAACUUCCGCGAUGCCUACGAGCAGGUCAAACGCGACGCCCUGCAAUCUGGGAUGUCGGUGACGAUUUUCGUGGCCCAGGACGUUGACGCGCUCGCGGCUUGCUGCAUCUUGACGUCCCUUCUCCAAGCGGAUAUGAUUGGAUACCAGCAAAUAGGCGUCAAUGGCUCCUCCGAGAUUGCUAUGCGCAGCGAGACAGACCUGGACGAUGAGGACCGGCCGAAAAAGUCCAUCUUCUUGAUCAACUGCGGAGCCUUUGUGAACAUUGCCAAGUUCAUGGUCGAGGAACACGCCACAUCCACCUUCUACGUGGUCGAUAGCCACCGUCCUAUGCAUCUACACAACAUUUAUUCAUCGGAAUGGAUUCAAGUGUUUGACGAUGGUGACAUGGGCCGCAUUCCGCGCCCGGACGAGGUGUUUGACAUGACUGAGUACAACGAGGAUGAGGAUGCAGACGAACUAGAUGAGGAUGAGGAAUUUGCUUUGGCGCGCCAGCAAAGACGUGAAAAUCCCAAUGCCCCGAUUCCGCUCACCCGCCGAGAACGGCACGCUCGGCAACGCUCUAUUCGCGACAAUUACUACUCCAAGACGUUCUUUGGAACAUCUGUUGCCAUUCAGAUGUUCAUGCUGGCGGAAAGCUUAAACAAGGAAUCGACCGAGUUGCUGUGGUGGGCGAUUGUCGGCCUGACCGACCAGUUUGUGCACGAGCGCAUCGAUUCUGCCAAGUACGCUGCCGAAAUUAACCAAUUGAACGACGCAGCCAUGCGAUUGGGAACCUAUGACGAGGAGCAGUCCGAUGCACAGGCCGACGAGGGCUUGACAGAAAAGCUGGCGAUUGACCGUAUGCAGCUGCGCUUCGAUGUGGACUUUCGUUUCCUCCUGUAUCGGCACUGGUCUCUUUAUGAGAGCAUGGUGCACUCGAGCCAUGUCGGUGCGCGGUUGCAAGUGUGGACCUCCAAGGGCAAGCAAAAGCUCAACACAAUGCUUGCCACCAUGGGGCUGCCGCUCAGUCAAUGCAAGCAGAAGGUGUCCGUUGUUGACCAAGCCUUUCGCUCGCGCCUCCUCGAGCAAGUCGAGUCGCACGCUGCCAACUACCAGCUGCCCGAUGUUCGCUUUGCAACCUUUACCAUGCGGCAUGGGUAUCGCCCAGAAAUUUCUGCUAGUGAUGCCGUCUAUGCGGCCACGGCCAUUUUGGAAUCAAGCAAUGCCCGGGAAGAAAACUUCCACCGAGCUAUUGAUUCCCUUCGAAAACCCCGGCUCGAAAGCACGAGCAUGCUGUCGUGCGGCGUUGAUGCCAGUCGCCAAUUCCACCAGGCGCUGGCGCGUCUGCUGACUGUGAUUAUCGAAACUGGCAUGGUCACUGCUGGUCCAAUUCGCCACGUUACACUCUCGGAUUCGGCCGACUUGCGGCACUUUUGGCACCCGGCGUCAUUGACCAAGCUGGCAAUUCAUCUUACCGAAGCUUUGCGGCACCAAGCCAUGAACACGCGAGGAUCCUUUGUCAACAAGCCACUGCUGAUUGCUGUUUGCAAUAGCGAUGCCGACAUGUAUAGCGUGCUUGGGCUGACACUGGGCGACACUUCCGGUGAAAUCCAAAAAAAUCAUCUCGGCACGAGCUUCCGUGAAAUCUUGAAGGCCGAUCAAAUGCUUCGAUGCCGAAAUGACUCUUUCGACUCAAACUUUGUCGAGAUCAAGCGUGAGGACUAUCCGAAUUUCCUCGAGAAUCUGCUGCACUUGCAUUUGCGAUAAUUGUGCUUCAGUUUGCCCCUCCUCCAUGUUAACGCCCUCGUUUUUGUUUACUCUUUUGUCAAAGAUUUCUUCUUCUUGUUCAGUCUCGUUCAUAAACAAUUUCUCCAUA